CUCCUGCCCUGACACGCCGAUUAGCGAACUGGCCGUUCUCGCUUCGCGAGAGGGCGUCGCGGCCGUCAUCUUUGCGGGUCCAGGUCAAGCAAUUUUGGCUCAAGCCAUUUUGGCUCAAGCAAUGUAUGCUCGAGUUCCGAUCCUCUCACAGCUUAUAAUUUGAUCUCAGCGCACAUAAGUGGUUUCGGCUUUCCUCGUCAAGCGCAUCCAGGAUGUCUUGCGUCCACCCUCACCAAGACGAGGAGUGCCUCGUCGGCCCCCACGAGGCGCGGCGCGCCCCGGCGCGGAGCCGGGGCGAGGCGCCGCGCCGCUCCGCGGCGAGGGGCUGGCUGCAGAAGGCCUCGCUGGGCGUCGUGGCCUGCUCGGGGGCGCUGGCGUGUGCUGCCUGGGGGCUGAGAGUUGCGGAGAAGGCUCGCAGCGACAUCGAGUCUCGGGUUGGACUGGAGAAGCCCCCCAUGGUCGAGACAAGUGGCAGCCACGUCUAUGACUGGACCGUGUACGAUGACACGGGUUGCUCUAACUGGAACGCCAUCAAGAUCGGCCCGAAGAGUGUCUUUCCCACCUACUCUGCUUGCGCGACGUCUUGCAGGUACAGCCCUGGCUGCACCGGCUUCAACUUCGAGGACGCGAACCCCCCAGUGUGCAGCGGCGGCUCAAGUUCGUCUGGCGUCGGGGCGUGCUACCGCUGGGGGCCCUCCACCUGUUCCAAAGAGAAGAACGACUGCUGGGACAACUUCUUCCUGGACAACGCCGAGCCAACGGUGUGGUCGGCUCCAGACAAGGGGCAGGGGUGCAGCAACUGGAGGGACAUCCUCCUGACAAGGCUCUCGGGCAUCAGCAAUGCGGACGACUGUGGUCUCCAGUGCCUUGCGCACAGGGAGGCGGGCUGCGUGGAGUUCGGCUACCAGGCCGACGACGGCUGCUCCGGAAGUGGCCCUGGCGCAAGGUCGUGCUACCUGUACAAGGGCGCGUGCUCCGCGCAGGGCAACGCUUGCUGGGACCACUACACCCUGGAGAGCUACACGGAGCCGUCGGGCCCGUUCGAGCGGAACGGCGCAGGUCGUGGCUGCAGCAACUUUGCCCAGAUCAACAUGGGCGCGGCUUCCUUCCAGGCAUCUGCUGGCGCCUGUGGGAAGGUCUGCCAAGACGUUGAUGGCUGCGUGGGCUUCGGCUACCAGAGCGGCCUGCCAUCUCAGUGCUCCGGUGGCAGCGCGUUCACCGGCGCGUGCUACCUCUGGAGGGGCGAAUGCAAUCAAGAGCCCAACUCGUGCUGGAACAACUACAAGAUCUCUCCGGCCACUCCUGCGCCCCCGACCCCUCCUGCGCCCUCGCCACCGGGAGUCGCCGAGUACUGCCCGAAGGCCGCCGAGCUCCGGGUCGACUUCGACGCCCAGACGGGCGCGGGGACCCCAGACAGCCCCAGCGGAUCCGUCGAGCUGAGAGACCAGGGCUGGACAACCACAGGGCUUGCGCGGGUCAGCUCCAGAGGCGUAUGGAACCUGUUGGAUGGCUGGAUCGCGUUCGAUAUGGAUUUGUCCCAGACGAUUGUCGGCCUCCAGACUGGCAGCAUGCAGGGUCCCAACCCGAAUCUCUAUAUCGUCUUCCCGCAGACUGGCUCUGGGGACUACGACGGAAGGCCGCGGACAAUUGCUAGUGCUGCUACUCAGUACUGCGACGGCCAAGGAGAGUUCUCGUCGCAGCCGCAGACGCCUGCAAACCUAAUCCCCAACUCAUUCUGCCCGGAGAUGGACAUCAUCGAGACCAACAGCAAGCUGGCCUUCGCGACUACGUGGCACUCCACGUUCACCUUCUCCCCAGAGAAUCCGGGAGACUAUCCUGGCCCGGAUCCGUGCAACCAGUUCGGCUGCAACAACAACCACUUCUUCACCCCGGCGCCGGACCCUCCGAGCAGCUGCCAGCAGCUCCCCGCAACGACCCCGCCAACUCCCGUUACGACGUCUGGCAUCGACAGCGCGCAACCAUUCACCAUCAACGCCAGUUUUGCCGCGGACGGGAGUAUGACGGUCGAGUUUUUGCAGGUGAAGGGCAACGCCGCGAGCAAAGUGUUGAUCGGGCGGCAGGAAGUCUCUGGUGGCGGGAAUCCGGUCACCCAGGCCACCCUGGACGCCCUCGUGGGAAACAUGACCACGUUCGGCUCGGCCAUCGAGUCUUCCCAGUUCAACGGUUUUGUCCCGCUGAGCUCGGAGUUCUUCACCAACGUCCGGUGCAACGACGGCACCAACAGCCUCAGCCAGUCCAUCUACAGCGUCAGCAACCUGAGGGUCAAGGGCGUGCUCGUGAGAGGAUCGGCCUCCGAGUGCGCCCCCUCCGACCCCCCCCAGCGCUGAUGCGCUGCCCUCGGGUCCGAUCGGGCCUCGCCUUUUGAGCUGCAAAUUGCAACUCACGUUUUUUGGGGGCUUGCAGUUUGAUCAUGAAUUUGCAUCGUGUUUUUUAUGCUCGGUCGAAGCAAGGAUCACUAUGUUGGAGCGUAUUCCUGAUGGACGCGAGG